CGUAUGUAAAUGUCAAAUCAUAGUUUCAAAUUUCAAUACUAUGAUAAUUUUCAAUAAAUAAUAACAUUUUAAUCAUUAAAUUGUAUAUUAGUAAGCGUAAUUUUUUAUUAUAUUUUGCUACUGACAAUAACAACAAAUAGUUUUAUGAAACGAUGAAGUGUUUUGAUUCGUAGAAAGUACAACUUUGUGAGUGAUAAUGGCACAGCGUUUUCCGACAAGUGGGCCUAGCCCUGCGCCUCCAACUGGUGGCAUGCCACCACAGCAACGAUAUCCUGGACCGGCACCACCUCAAGGAUCUCCCAUGCCACCUAGACCAUAUUCUGGACCUACGUUCCCGCCUCGCAGUGGGUUCACACCGCCUCCGGCCGGCAGCGGCGGCGUCCCGGCCGGCGGCGCGCGGCCCGGCCCGGCGCCGUACGCGGGCGCGGCGCUGCCGCCGGCCGGCGCGCCGGCGGGCGCGGCGCCCGGCCCGCCCGCGCCCUACAGCGCGCCGCCGCGCCCGCCCCCCGCGCCCUCCGCGCCCGCCAAGCGCCCGCCGGACGCCCGAGCGCCUCUGCCACCCCAGCACAAACCUCAGCAUUAUGCCGGCGACGCCUACGGCGCCGGCGGAAAGCGUAAGAAGCGCCUGGCCGACAAGAUCCUGCCGCAGAAGGUGCGCGACCUGGUACCGGAAUCGCAGGCCUACAUGGACCUGCUGGCCUUCGAGCGUAAGCUGGACGCCACCAUCAUGCGCAAGCGACUCGACAUCCAGGAGGCCCUCAAGCGGCCCAUGAAACAGAAGCGCAAGUUGCGUAUUUUCAUCUCGAAUACAUUCUACCCGGGACAGGGCGAUAACGCGGUAGCUUCGUGGGAGUUGCGUGUGGAGGGACGUCUACUCGAUGAUACCAAAAAUGACCCUAAUAAGGUGAAACGCAAAUUCUCAUCCUUCUUCAAGUCAUUGGUGAUCGAGUUGGACAAGGAGCUGUACGGACCCGACAACCACCUCGUCGAGUGGCAUCGCACCCUCACCACGCAGGAGACGGACGGCUUUCAGGUGAAGCGGCCGGGCUACAAGAACGUGCGCUGCACCAUCCUGCUGCUGCUGGACUACCAGCCGCUGCAGUUCAAGCUGGACGCGCGGCUGGCACGCCUGCUGGGCGUGCACACGCAGGCGCGGCCCGUCAUCGUCAACGCGCUGUGGCAGUACGUGAAGACGCACCGCCUGCAGGACCCGCACGAGCGCGAGUACGUGGCCUGCGACAAGUACCUGGAGCAGAUCUUCGGUUGCGCGCGCAUGAAGCUGGCCGAGGUGCCGGCGCGGCUCGGAGCGCUGCUGCACGCGCCGGACCCCAUCGUCAUUAACCACCUCAUCUCCGUUGAGCCGCCGCACGACAGCAAGCAGACCGCCUGCUACGACAUCGACGUCGAGGUGGACGACACGCUCAAGACCCAGAUGAACAACUUCCUACUGAGCACGGCCAACCAGCAGGAGAUACAGGGCCUGGACACGAAGAUUCACGAGACGGUGGACACCAUUAACCAGCUGAAGACGAAUCGCGAAUUUUUCCUGAGCUUCAGCAAAGAUCCCCAGCAGUUUAUACAGAAGUGGCUCGUGAGCCAGUCUCGAGAUCUUAAGACGAUGAACGGCGGCUCGGGCGCGGCCGGCGCGGGCGGUGCGGGCGCGGGAGGCGCGGGGGGCGCGGGGGGCAACCCCGAGGAGGAGCGGCGCGCAGACUUCUACGGGCAGGCGUGGGCGGGCGAGGGCGUUGCGCGCUACCUGCACGCGCGCCUGGCCGCGCGCCGCCGCGACCUGGAGCUCGCGCUGCAGCCGCACGCGCACCACCACCUGGCGCCGCACCACCUCACGCGCCUCUAGGCGACCGGCGCCGACUUUUAUAAAUACACUUAUUCAUUACGACUGCA